AUGGUGACUCCUCGCAAGAAAGAGGUCGCUGCGUCCUCUAGUCCGAAAAAGUCUUAUGCCGAAGUCGCAAAAGCUCCCCCUACCCCUCGAAAGUCAGCAAUCGAGCGCAUUCCAUCAGUGGCCCGCUUCUUCCUGGUAAUUAUCAGUAGCCUAGCGCUCAGCUCAACUCUGUUUACUCUCACGUCUGCGAUUACCCUCGGCGAGCUCGGUCGCGUCAGUAGACAUCUCGAGGAAUGGUGGGAAGUCGGCGGUUUGAUGGCAUGGAAAGCCGUGGAAGUCGCGCUAGCUUGGACAUUGGGAUUUGAUGGACGCGACGUUCUACACUUCUCGCUACUGAUGCAUUUGCCGACAUAUGCUCUGCUUUCAUCAUUCUAUGGCCUUCGUCCGACGACCGUCCUCGUAUCCUACGCGAUCGUGGUCUUUUCCACUGCCGUACCCUUUGCCUUCUUGCGCAACCCCAAUUUCGUCCACAAUCUCACCCGCGCGCCCUUUACUGCUGUUUCCAACAGGGGCAUUCUUCAAGACUGGGCAAUCACCACCUACACGACCGUCCUCGCCACCGCCAUCUACACCGUCACCUUGUACCUCAGCUACGAGACCUAUCUUCCCGCGAAACUAGUCGUGCACUUUGAAAGGCUUCCCAACAUCUCCCGAGUCCACGCUGGCCCUGCCGGCUUGCCUAUUCUUUUCCUCUCUCUCGUCCCGGCGGGCUUUGCAGCAAGGGACUUCCUCUUUGUCAGCUCCACAGGCACUCCAGCCGUGCAAGAUACUGAAAGUGAGGAAGGAAAGUCCGCCCAAGAUACUGAAGGCGAGGAAGGAAAGUCCGUGCUUCCGAAGCAGGGAGAGUACCUUGCCUCGGCCAUCUAUCGAAACACCUGGGGCGCGCUUUCCCGGCGAACUAGGGUUCUCGGCUCCCGGACGCUGAUUCUGGCCGCUGCUCAAAUGAUCAACACCGUCCUUCAAGUUGCAGGAACGGUCAGCGGUGCUAGCUUCGAAGGGGCUUGGGCUUGGGGAUCUGUUUGGACAUUGGCUACUCUGGUCGUGGGGCUGGUGUAUGGCUGGAUCGAGGCUGUUGAUGGUUUUUAG